CCCUUUAAAAGGAAAUGUUUCUGUAGGCCGUGAAAUCAGAGGCGUCUGUUGGAGCUCAGUUGGGAGGCUGUCUUGAAUGUCCUGUUCUGUGCAAAACGAUACAUGUUUCUGGAAGGCUUGGGGAUGCCUCUGCUGCUGAGAGGUUUUCGGUUUUUUUGUAAGAAGGAGGCGUCAUCCCAGAAGAACAUGAAACUGGCCAGCGAGAAACUCAGGAAGGAGCUCGAGGAGGAGCUGAAGCUUGGUACGGAGCAGCUCCGCAGCCACGCCUGGUACCAUGGCUGUCUGCCAAGGCAGGAAGCAGAAUCUUUGCUGCGGGAGGAAGGAGAGUUUCUGAUCCGUGACUCGCGGUCCAGCCCAGGGGACUAUGUCCUGACAUGCUACUGGGGGGGACAGGCUCUGCACUUUAAGAUCAUUCGGGUGGUACUCCGCCCCCGGAAGGGCUAUUCUCGCACCCUCUUCCAGUUUGAACAGGAGCAGUUUGACAAUGUGCCCGCCUUGGUGCGCUUCUAUGUGGGCAACCGGAAGGCCAUCUCGGACGAAUCGGGAGCUGUGGUGUCCCAGCCGGUCAACAGAAGUGUGCCGCUCCGCUGGCUGAAGGACCGCUUCAGUGACACUGGACAAACCCCUGGAGCAGCCAAGGAGCAGGUGGCACCUGUUCGUCGGUUCAGCUUCCGUGCAGCCACAGCUGGAGAGGACAUGGGAGAGGGGAACCUUCUCCGAACAAAAGAUCGAAGUGGAAGUGAUCCCAGUAGCCUUGACCAGGUGGGCCAGAGACCGUCCUUGCAUGGAGCCCAAUCGGACAGCAGUUUACUGACAGGUAGCCCAGAAACCUCACCUGGAACCCAAGACCAGCGUCACCUCCCUCCCUUGUCUCCCGCCUUCCGCACAGGCAGCGACCCUGUCCUACGCCCAAAUGCCCCUCUGCUUCACCUGCUGGGAGGUCUGGGAUUGAGUGGCUCUGAGGGCCGGCUCCAUUCCAAAGCUCCCCCCAAGCCUCUGAGGGUCCCAUCCAUGCUGGUGAGCGACUACUGCGAACUUGUUCCCAAGGCUCCUGAAGGCCCACGAAGCCACGUGGAGCGCCUGCAGACGGAGGAGCGGUGGCGCGGCCGGGCCCACAUCACAGAGACUGCCUUUGGGUUCCUGGACUCUGAGGGGUCAGCUUCUCCUUUGCCCCACUUGGGGGAGGCUGAGGAGGAGCCAGGAUUUGAGCGGCCUGUGUUGGAGAUGGCCUCGUCUUUCCAGCCUUGCAACUUCCACUCGCUGCUCUUGGCCCCUGGCAACAAGCCCCUGGAACCCAGCACACUCAAGCGUCUCAAGGACAUCUUUGCACAGCACAGCUGCCAGGCAACAGCCCUUCACAUCCUGCAGAUGGACUGCCAGGCUGCCAGAAUCAUUGGAGUAUCCAAGGAGCAGCAGCGGGCAAUGGGGGUGAACUCAGGCCUGGAACUUAUAACUCUACCUCAGGGUCACCAGCUGCGGAAAGACUUGCUGGAAAGGCACCACCUCCUGGCUCUGGGCAUUGCGGUGGACAUCCUGGGCUGUACGGGGGCAGUGGCUGAGCGGGCAGCCACCCUGCACAAGAUCAUCCAGCUGGCUGUGGAGCUUUGGAGCUCAGCAGGAGACCUCUUUGCCUUGUCUGCUGUGAUGAAAGCCCUGCAGCUGCCGCAGAUCAUGCGAUUGGAACAAACAUGGCGGCAUCUGCGCCAGAGCUACACACAGAGUGCCAUCACAUUUGAGAAGGAGCUCAAGCCUCUCAUGGGCCACCUGAACCAGGCUGGAGGGAAUUCACUCCCCUUCCCGAAGAAGGUCGCAGUUCCCCACAUCCUGCCACUCCUCUGCCUCAUGGAAGGAGAAGAGCCGUGGGGUGACCACGAGGAGGCAUGCGAGGUCCUUCUACGGACGCUGGAAGCGGCUCGCUUCAUGGCCACCAACGCUGGUGCCUAUCGAGUCAGCGCUGAGGCUAGGCUCCAAGGGUUCGAAGCUACUCCAGAGCUCUUGGAGGCAUUCCAGACGGAGUUCUCGCUUCGGUUGUUCUGGGGCAGCAAAGGAGCCAGCGCUGACCGGGCCGAGAGGCACAAGAAAUUUGAACGGAUCCUGACUGUUCUUUCCCAGAAACUAGAAUGAACGAGGCAUCAGACAAGAGUUAUGGCAGUCAGGGUGCAAGCCGAGAGUGGCAAAGAAGAAUUGCGAGGAGCGAAGCGGGGAGACCCCUCCACUGCUAGCACAAAACACUCCCUGUGCUGAAACCUGGGGCCUUUCUAGAAGCAAAGGGCCCUGUUUGCAAGGAGCUGGAAAUCCAGCAGUGGUACAGAGAUUCCUCAGAGAAGAUAAAUGGUCUUCCUUCUAUAGAACAGGGCUGUUCCUCCCCACCGUCCUAAAUCUAGUGCCUUCUUUGCUUUGUCAGUGGAGGCAUCCUCUGGCAGGAAAUUAGUAUGUAAUAAGGAAGAAUUGGAAGGUCUUUUGUCAACAUGUGGUGUUGAAAAUAGUCUGCUCUACAGCAGCGGUCUAACACCUUUCAAGAUUGUUAGUUUCAGUACAAUGCUUAUGUUAUCUACAUCGGCGACUGUGCUUGUUGAUACGAUUGUAGAGGCUGACUAAUCUGGAACAAGCAUUUUAUAUUCUGCAUGUGAUGACAAAGGUGUCCUCUGAGUGUGUGGCACUCAGGCUGUUGAAUUCUGCAGUCAAUAUGAUGUUGUUUUUCAAAAGGCAAAUUUCUAGCUCAUGUGCCUGCAAAGAAACUUCGCAGGAAGAUCAUGUCAGUGCUGCUUUUGAAAUCUCAGCACCUUGGAGAGUGGGGGGAGAGAACAGAGUGCACUUUAGUGCAGGAGCUGGACAGACUUUAGGCUUGUGGGAUUUACUGUGUUUUCCACUAAAAAGGCCUGAGGUCCACUAACUGCAGCCAUGUGCAAAAUUGUAGCUCAGAAUUGCCACAAAAUUGAGAAACAAGAUGCCACUGAAUACAUGCGCAAUCCAGGAGCUUGUUUUAGUACCAGAACUAGAGCUCACAUACAAAUUUACUGCAUUGUUCCCCAAGCUCUCCUGAGAUCAGAGUGGGGUGGGGAGAGAAAGCUUUUUGUUGUUGCUGUAGUUAAAUCAUAGGGAGUCAGAAACCCUUUGCUAAUCUACUGCAAAUCACUAUUUACCUGCCCCUGCCUUAGCGAUUUUCUGUUCCUACCCUAUCAAACAAAUAUGCAAAGCUAUACAGGACCUCGAGGAUGCUACAUGAAGGAGAAAGCUACGUGGAAUUGAGUUGAAGCGGAAUAGAAGCAACUCUAACAGCGUAGCAUGAAGUUAGCUGAUGCAGGUAGAGGUUGAGUUUAGCUAUUGAACCCUGCUGUAUGUCCUUCUCUCCGGCAGGGGCAGCAGUAAGGAUCCUCUUUGGAAUUUUUUGUGUUAGAAACGUUUGCACAGCCAAUCCAAAUGAGACUGAAGCCUGUUUGGAACCAACACUUCCAAAAGAUCUUUGUAGAAGCGUUUAGCUCCCUUACCCUACUUUAGCUACAUGCUACUCGUAAGGUGUGUGUUUUUUCCAUUCAUAAGGGAGCUACAUCUAAGGCUGGAGAAAGCCUGGACAAGAGUAAUCUGUUCCAAUGCCGACACACUUCCAGGAUAAUAGGUGUUUUGGGAGGAGGAAAGAAAGAGUUCAAAAGUUAACCUACAAAUGAUUAAAAGCCAUUGCAGUAACAGAUUCAAAUCACUUCUUUCUCCUCCCACACCUCCAGCUUUGUGCCAGAACAGAAAAUCAAGGCUUGUUCUACUAGAUGGAUUUUUAGACUAACAUGAAAAGGCAUUGUGAAUCUGUUCUGUGUUUUCUUCCUUAAUGGAGAUUUUUGUAGAAAGAAAAAAGAUGGAAGAAGCAGAGGGAAUCAUAGAAUAGUAGAGUUGGAAAGGGCCUACAAGGCCAUCGAGUCCAACCCCCUGCUCAAUGCAGGAAUCCACCUUCAACGUUAUUGAAGAUAAUGUAUGUAUUUCUCAUAAAAUCCCACGACUGAGGCAGUCCAUCCAACUGCACAAGAAAAAACCUCAUCUGGAAGCAUCCUACAACUUCUUCAUUUUGCUUAGGAGCAGCUUAUGUUAAGAGGGUUGUGGGGUGGGCGAAUGAGUGGCAGCGGUGGGAUGUGGUGAAGUGAGCAGACCGUGAAGGCAGGCUAUCAAAUGAUGACAUACAUGCUGCAGUCUAGCAUUUUUAUAAACUUCUUUAAAAACCCACACUUGGAGGCCAGAGAAACAAGAAGCCAACUGCACAGGCACCCACAAGUUAAUUUUUUGUCUACUAUUUACAUAAAGUGUAAAAAGGCACCCAGAAAUACAUUCUACAUCGAGAGGGAGCUUGUGUGUGUGUGUGUGUGUUUAUGGCUCAGGCCCUUCACCCCUGCCUACCAAAGCAUGGAGGAGUAAGAGCCAGGGAUGUGUUUUACAGAUUAUGUGAACAACAAGCUAAAUGGAGUGGUAAAAUAAAUUGGUCACUGUAUAAAAAGACUAAUACAUUAGAGCAGUGGUUCCCAAAGUGGGCGAUAUUGCCCCCUUGGGGGCGGUGGGAUUGCAUAGGGGGGCGUUAAGAGACAAAGGGGCGGCAGGGGGGCGCUCAAGGUGGUCUCUCGAGAAGGUCCUAAAACCCAGGGACUGAGCAGGAAAGAGCGGCAAAUUCAGCUGCUCUCCCCACUCCGCUCCUGCUCAGGAAGGACUUUCUCACUCACGCAGCCGCUCUCUCCUGCUAUCUCAAGCCCACAGCGGCCCCACCAGAAGUAGGGGGUGGGGGAAGCGCCCACAGGAGGCAGCAGAGCAGGAAAGAGCGGCGAAUUCAGCUGCUCUGCCCACUCUUCCCCUGCCUAGGAGGGCCCAGGGCUUCUUUCCUGCUGGAGCCACCGCCGCCUGCUUGCUCGCUCCCCCGGCCAGAGCUGCUCCCUCCUACAAGCUGCCCCGGCAGACCUCUUGCGAUAGUUGCUGCACAAGGCGGUAGUAGCAGCCAUGUGGCGGAGAGGAAGGAGCAUGUGGAGGACGGCGGGCGGCAGAGCAGCUGCCAAGAACAGCAGUCAGCCGGCAGGCUGGGUGGGGAGCAGGACUGCUUGUGCUGCUGCAAGGUAUCACCAGGCUCCCUUCCCACCCCCCAUCAGGAGUUGCAGAUUGGGGCCAUCUCCCCUCUGAGCUGCUGCCCUCCUGUCCUAAUCAGCCCGGCAGCUAUUGUGAGGCUUGGGGGGAGGGGGGGUUGGAGAGAGAGAGAUGCUGUGUGUCUUCCCACCCCCCAACAAAUCUGGACUACAACAGGAUUGGGAGAGAAAAGAAAAGGGGGAGGGAGAGAGAAUUGCAAUUCCCCAGGUCCUUCCUGGCUAAAGAAGAUUCAGCAGCACCUUUUUCCAGAACGCUUGCCGAAACCAUUCCUAUCUGCCCUUGCUUAUUUCAGGGUGUCCAACCCCCUUUUUUCAAGUGUUCUUUUGGUAAACAUGGUAUGUGUGUCUCUUGUGUCACCAUAAAAAACAGCUGCAGCACAUCCUAAGUAUGUCUACUCAGAAGUA